AUGCCGUCGUUAAAGAAGACAUUAUAUUUCCUGUCCAGCUGCCUGUGCUGUGCUGGCGGGGUGGCCAUGCUGGGGUACGGCAUGUCGGACGUCUGGUCCACCACGUCUGUCCUGUGCAAGUCGGACAACAAUACGGCGGGGGCUGGAUUCGUAAUCAUGGGCCUUUUCUCGGGUGUCAUCGAGUUGGAGACUUGUCCGUACAUCGACACUACAAGGCCAAUUCAGGUACUGGAGCAGGUGUCGGGGGCGUCCAUGGCCCUGCAGUACAUUGUGCUGGGUCUGCUGGUCUUGGCUCUGUUUGGGUCGGCCGGCAGCAUCCUCAUCACGCUCUACAACAGCAUCAGCAACCCCUAUGAGACCUACAUGGGACCAAUGGGACUGUACGUCUGCAGCGGAUGCAGUGUGGGGCUGUCUUUCUUGGCCCUCAUCUUCUACCUGUGUCUCGUCCAUUUGGUGGAUUUUGCCGUGCAGUGGAUUAAAGAGCUCGCCAUAACCGGGGACUUUAGCGACGUGAAGGUGGUCAUGCACGUGGGUUUCUACAUGGUGUUGCCCUACAUGGCCGUUAACCUGUUGGCCAUACUGCUGGUCUACCUGUACGUCCACGCCGCCUACACAGAGAAGAAAGCACAGCAGAAACCCACAGACGAUGACCAGGACGAUGAAGGCAUCAUGUACUAACGCGGCUGAGAAUCAGUGUUGCCAGAUUGGGCGGUUUCCCGCCCAAUUGGGCUGCUUAGGAUGGCUGU